CGAAAAUUUUUUUCGCUCAUCAUGCAACCACGUCCCGAGCGCGGGAUAAAAGACAAAAGGUAUUCUUUUUCCCACUGUCUCACUGUCAACACCAUGCCUAGUGCCAAGAUUUCUCCUUCCAUGCUGUCUUCGGACUUUGCCAACUUGGCCGCUGAAGCCAAGCGCAUGACCAAGAACGGCGCCGACUGGCUUCAUCUCGACGUCAUGGAUGGCCACUUUGUGCCUAAUAUUACCUUGGGCGCUCCCAUUAUCUCUGCUCUUCGUCCCCACACCGAGGCUUAUUUUGACUGCCACAUGAUGGUUUCCAACCCUUCCCAAUGGGUCGACGAUAUCAAGAAGGCCGGCGGUCAGAUGUACACCUUCCAUAUUGAAGCCACCGAGGAUCCUUUGGCUCUUAUUCGUCAAAUUAAGGACGCUGGCAUGCAAGCCGGUGUCGCCAUUAAGCCCAACACCCCCGCUGAAGCCGUGAUUGGUCAGGUUGCCGAGGAGGCCGAUAUGAUUUUGGUUAUGACCGUCGAACCGGGAUUUGGUGGCCAGCGUUUCAUGGAAAAGUGCAUGCCCAAGGUCGAGCAGUUGCGUCGUUUAUAUCCUAAAUUGGAUAUUGAAGUUGACGGCGGCUUGUCCAUGGACACCAUUGAUGUGUCUGCUGAGGCAGGUGCCAAUGUGAUCGUGGCGGGAACGGGCAUUUUCAAGGCUGAGAACCCCGCGGAGGUCAUCAGCACAUUCAGAGAGAAAGUGAACAAGGCCCAGGAAAAGUUUGCCGGUCACUAAUAAGAAAACGAAAAAAAUCAAAUGUCAUAGAUGAGGAACGAAUGAAUAAAGUUAUUGUAUUUUUAAUCUGCAUAGUGGGAAAAUCAACAACCACGUC